UUUGCCACCCUACUCGCAAGCAAGCUUCCCUUCCCUUCCGUCGUCUUCCCCACUAGUCACCGUCACUUUUUUUGUUUUAAGGACUAGUCACCAUCACCGACACCCACACAUCGCUCUUUCAAUGUCCCGAUAAAUAUAACUCAGGCACUGUCUCUCUAUUUCAAGCAUUAAUUGCGGGCUCUUUCUCGUUGCUCCAUGAACCAUUUUUGCACCGUCUCUCUCUCUCUCACCCCACACGUGCAUUCUCACAUUCUUCUUUCCCUACCGUUUGAAUGACAGAAUCGGAGUCACAAAGGUGAUGGUUAUACUCGCCGAAUAGACAUCACCGGGGAAAUUGGAGAAGACAGCGAGCUCCGCUAGGGAUUUGUCUAAUGCGAGUUUGGAUUAGGAAUGGAGGCGAGAAUGAAGAAGUACAGGCAAGUGAGUCCAGAGAGGGCGAAAGUGUGGACGAAGAGGUCGCCGAAGCAGCAGAACAACCAGAAGGUGGCUGUGGUUUACUACCUCUGUAGGAAUCGCCAGCUCGAGCAUCCGCACUUCAUUGAGGUCCCAUUGUCAUCGUCUGACGGUCUUUACUUGAGAGAUGUGAUUCAGAGGCUCAAUGUUUUAAGAGGCAGAGAAAUGGCUUCCAUGUACUCUUGGUCUUCUAAGAGAAGCUACAAGAACGGAUUUGUUUGGAAUGAUCUUAGUGAAGAUGACAUUAUUCUUCCUGCGCAUGGAAAUGAGUAUGUUCUCAAAGGCUCUGAGCUCUUUGAGGAUUCCAGUUCAGAUCGUUUCAAUGCUGGAAAUAUAAAGAUUCAGAAUCUGAAACAAUCACCAGAGCCAGUAUCUUCUAGAAGUCAGGAUGAUUCCUCAUCAUCUUCAAGCCUAAAUGGGAGGGAGACUAAGCAUUCUCAGGAUGAUGAACUUUCCCUUCCCGCUCAACGUCUUGGUUCCUCUGGUGUGUCUCCAAAAUCCAGCAUUGGGAAGACUUCGUCCUUUAGUGGUUCUCUGAGCUUGACAGAAUACAAGAUUUAUAAAAGCGAGGAGUCAGCUGAUGCUGCAACACAGACCAAGGAAAAUGUAGGUAGACCCAAGCCCCGAAAAACUUGCACAAGAGGUGUUUCAACUGAUGACGGUAGGCUUGAAUCAGAAUGCAAUGAGAAUUAUCAAAAUCGGGUUCCACAUGGGAAAGGGAAUUCUGAAACCACUGGGGAUUCAGUCUCCCCUCCCCUCUCUUUCUCAAGUGCUUCUUCUUUAGCUGGGAAGACUGAAACUUUAGAAUCUUUGAUCAGAGCUGAUGCCAGUAAAAUAAACAGUUUUAGGAUUCUUGAAGAGGAAGAUAUCCGGAUGCCUACUAAUGCAAGGCUAAAGGCUCCAAAAAUGUUGAUGCAAUUGAUCUCAUGUGGGUCAAUAUCUGUGAAAGACCACAGUUUUGGCAUCAUUCCAACCUACAGGGCGAAGUUUUCCCAUUCAGAAUUUUCCUCCCCACUAUUCCCUACUUUAAUGUUUGGUGAGCUUGAUUGUCUGUCGGAGAAUCCAAGAUUCAUGGGGUUGAGGUUGGAGGAUAAAGAAUACUUCAGUGGGAGCUUGGUUGAGACAAAAAUGCUCAAGGAGGAAGGAGGUGGAGCUUAUACUCUGAAGCGUUGUUCUUCCUACAAUGCUGACAGGACUUGUAAGCAAGUAUUUCCAGUUGAUGGGACUAAAGACUCAACCUCAGGGAGUUCAAAGUGCAUCCCUCUAUCUAUGAAGGCUUCAAUAACCAAACAAGUGAAACAACCAAGGACUGAGUCGAUGAGGUCUCCUAUUUCUGAGAAACCAAGAAACUCAUCUGAAGUGGUUGAUGGAUCACAAGCUAUAUCCAGUAGCACUUAUGAUGGUGGCAGUAAAAGAAUGAUGGAGCCUGGUAAAUCAAGGAGGCAAGAUUCAUCCAGAAUGGAGGAAGAGAAAGUGAUCAAAAUUGAAGAAAGGCUUGCUUCAGGAGCUCGGGUUAUAAUCCAAUCCAAAGCACCCUACGACACUACCGUCUGCAGCUCUUAGAGUACAUUUUCGAAGCUAAGCAAUUGGUAAACCUAUCAGUUCCUUUUGGAUAAGCAAAACUACUGUUUUGAAUUUCAAAUGAGAGUGAAAUUGUUAGCGAGCCAAUGUUUUCUGUUUGUAAAUCUAUUUAGUGUAAAGAAAGGAUGAACUGAUGAAGUGGUUGUACAAGUGCAGUUGUGCUCUUACUUAGUGGAUCAUGGCCUGAGUUUUGCAGCUUUGGGGUCAGCUUUAUGGAAUAGGAUUUACUUUUCACUUUGUUAAUUGUUAAUGCCGCUAUAAAAUCUUCCUUCUGCUGUCA